CUUCCAAUUCUUACAGUAAAGUGACAUCAAGAUUCAUGGACUUCCAAACAAUGAAUUCCUUAAAUGUCUGGCUAAAUUUGCUAUCAGGCAAUUUAUUACCGAUGACUGUCAAUUCAUCGUUUCCUAUAUUCUGGAAGAUAUAUAGCGUCUUUGUAUGGUUACUCGAAUUGGUAUAUAUGGGCACAGCAAUCUUCGGCUGCUUUUACGUAUCAAAAGAAAAAGCAUUGAAUGAUGGCUUACUCAGUCUAAUAGUUACUGUAGAAGGAAUCUUCAUGGUUACACGAAUUCAUGCUCAAAGAAGAUUGGUACAACAAUUGAUACGUAAACUUAACGAUCUUCUACGCGUUGAAGAUAGAACUAUGAAGAGAAUCGUCAUGACAAAUCUAAAACCCAUGGAAAUACCAUUCAGACUUUAUCUGGUGGGUGGUUCGUUUUCCGUCUUUCUAUUUUACUGUAUAUGUUUCCAGUUAGUCUUCGAGAAGGAUACUUUCUUUUAUGAGGAUUACAAGACACCGGCCAUUUAUUCCAGAGAGCCAUUCUCCACUGAUAUCUUCUUGAUGGGCAGUUUAAUAGCAUUGAUCAGUAACAUGUAUGUUUUUUUUAAAAAGGUCAGCGUAGACAUAUAUAUGACAUAUUUGCUAGCGUUGAUAACGGCACAAUAUCAAUACAUUGCUUUGAAACUUGUAUCGAUAUUUCGAGACGGUGGUCAUUUGCAAUACAAUAAUGGCGGUGCCCAAGAGAAUCAACCUACGAUAGAUUUUUUCAUGGAGAAGGAGAUCAGAACCUUAUGUCGACAUCACAAUUCUGUCACGCGCAUAACAUUAAUGCUAAAAAAAUUGUUAUCUCUAAAUUUCUCAUUGAUAUACAUAAACAACGUUUUUCGAUUUUGUUUUGUUGGUAUCAUGUUGACUAAGAUAUCAACAUCUUUUCUGGAAGGAUUUAUGGUUCUUUUGUACGGAUGUGGUGCAAUAUUGCAAUUUUACAUAUUAUGUUCUUAUGUCCAGAAAUUAAUGGAGGCAAGCAUGGAAGUAACGGAUAAAGCAUUUCAUGAAAACUGGUAUCAAUUUAAUAUAUCUAUAAAACGUACAUUCAUGUUGGUGAUAAUAGCUAGUAAUUUAGAGUUAAAACUUUCAACAUUUGAAAAAUUUAAUCUAUCUUUGCCCUCGUUUAUGGCGGUUUUAAAUCAAUCAUAUUCUAUCGCCCUUCUAUUAUUAAAAAUGAAUUAAA